GUAUCACCAGCAGACUGAGGCCUAUGUGCAGCAGUUCGGGCAUCACCUUUCUAGAUGUAUCCAGAGAUGACGUUAAGACCACCGAGGACCGCGUGCACGCGCUGUUCGUGCAGGCUGCGACGAUAGCCAGUUCUCGGCAUCAAAAGGAGAUGCAGUCGCGACUCGAGUGUCAACAGGGCAACGAUUUGCUCACCGAGUGGCUCGCAGUCAGCUGUAGCUACAAUGGUGAGACGUCCAUGGCCUUCGCGGGGUUACUGCUGCUGCUGUUGCAGCAAUGUGCCAGGCAUUUUAGUUCAGUGGUUAAGAAGCUGGCAAAGUACAGAAGUACUUAGUAUGAUAAAAGUAAAGAAGAACAAAGCUCUACUGCAGAACGCCGUCAACCAUUGUCGAGAGAAAUCAAUUUCUAGCUAGUCACAGUCAAACCUUUGCAG